GCGUCCCAGAUGCGCAUGGCGCGCAAAGACCUGCUCCUCCCCCCGCUGGCGUUGGACGCACACACCCUCGUGCUCCCGCACCCGUUCCGGCUCGCGAUCGACGACCUCGCGCCGGCGCUCUCGCGGCUCGUCGUACACGCUGCGCUGGGGCGCAGCUUCAACUGCGAUAAAACCGGCUGGUUUUUCCCGCCCACGCUCGAGGCGUGUGUUCCCCCCUGGGCCGUGAGGUAUGCGCUGCACGUCGCCGUGCCGCCCGACGAGCCGGAGCUGCAUGCCACAAGGUGCGCGUUCUCCGUCAGCCGACUCCAUGGGCAGGACAAAGGCGAGGAGGAGGAGCAGAGCGCGCGCGACGUCGUCGUCGUCUUCCGCGUCUCGCCGGGGCGCGCGGCGCGCGCCAUCCAGCCCCCCCGCCCGCUCGGCAUCCUCCACGACUUCGCCGAGGCUGCCGCGGACCAUCCGGCGUGGAGAUGGACCGUCGUCGGCGUGCAGGAGAUGGCGGAGGCUGCGCCGCACGCCGUGCCCCUCCAAGAGGGGGUGUAUGCGCGGUUCAUGGAUGUCGCGGGGCCGGCACAGGUGCGGUUCUGUACGGUGGCGGAGUAUGCGCGGUCUGGCGAAGGGUUGCUCGAGAUCGGGGAGGCGUAGGACGUCUGCUCUACGCUCUACCACGGCUGCCAACGCUGGUGAUGGUAUCUACCGUACAUCGAUCGAGAAGGGCAAUUUGGAGGUCGG